GUAUCUUUUGUCUACUUCAUAUUAUAUUGCUAUAGGCAGGCAAACAGAAAACAUUUUUCACUCAGUUGAUAUCGAAUUCUCGAAGUGUUCAGCGGUGCCAGGCUUAACUUUUCAAUGGAAAUUCUGGAAUAAUUCAAAAAUAAAUACAAAAAUAAAACAUAUGUACGUGUAAACAGUGAAAAUUGUGCAAUAAUUUUCCUUAAAAAAAAUAAAGGAUCUUAAUUUCUAUUAUUAAGGUGUUCAAAGUUAAAAGUUCAAGUUUCUUCACAUAUUUCUCAGUCCCAACACAAAAUAAAUUAAAAAAGGCUUAAAUUCCAUAUUUUUGAAAUAUUUUAAAGAGCAGAGGGUAAAAUCCUUCAACGAAGCAAAUAAAAAAAUAAAUACAAAAUAAAAACACACAUACGCCUGGGUGAACCCCUAAACCAAUCCACAACACCACCAUCACCACGGAGUAUUUACAAAGACGGAAGCUUUCAGCCAGCAAAAUGCGUUCUACAGAAUUUCACCGGAAAGCUAAAACCCCGUCUAUAGAUCGUGAACGUGACUACAUUGGCUUUGCAACACUUCCCGAGCAAGUUCAUCGAAAAUCGGUGAAACGUGGUUUCGAAUUCACUUUGAUGGUUGUUGGAGAAUCUGGUUUAGGCAAAUCAACUCUAGUUAAUAGCCUUUUCUUGGGUGAUCUCUAUAAGAACCGUGUAAUUCCAAAUGUCGAAGAACGCAUCGAAAAGACAACACGCGUUGAAAAGAAAACAAUGGACAUCGAAGAGCGAGGAGUGCGACUAAGGCUAACAGUUGUCGAUACACCAGGUUUUGGCGAUGGCAUUAAUUGUGAGGACAGCUGGAGAGUGUGCACAGGGUAUAUUGACGAGCAAUUUCGUCAAUAUUUUACCGAUGAAAGUGGUCUUAACCGCAGAAACAUCCAAGACAAUAGGGUUCAUUGCUGUUUAUAUUUUAUUCCACCUUGGGGUCAUAGUCUCCGACAGAUGGAUCUGGAUCUCAUUCGACGCCUCCAUCGCAAAGUGAACAUUGUUCUUGUCAUUGGCAAGGCCGAUUGUCUUACCAAGACCGAAGUCCGGAAACUGAAAGAACGCAUUCUCCAGGACCUAGAAGAUAAUCACAUCGAAUUGUACCAAUUCCCAGAUUGUGAUUCUGACGAAGAUGAAGAAUUCAAACAACAAGAUCGCGAGCUCAAGGCUUCCAUUCCGUUUGCAGUUGUAGGAAGUAAUACAAUUCUUGAGGUAGCUGGCAAAAAAGUACGCGGACGUCAGUAUCCAUGGGGUGUAGUAGAUGUCGAAGAUCCCGAACACAGUGAUUUCAUCAAGCUCCGAACGAUGCUUAUAUCGACCCAUAUGCAGGACCUAAAGGAUACCACCCAGGAUGUUCAUUAUGAAAAUUUCAGAGCUCAGUGUAUUUCACAGAUUUCACAACAUGCUCUGCGUGAACGUGGCAAACUAAAGCGGGAUUCGAUCAGUUCCAAUGGCUUCGAAUCGACAAUAAGUGAAACAGAUCGGUUGCUUCUGCAGAAAGACGAGGAGAUCCGGCGGAUGCAGGACAUGCUCACACAGAUGCAAGAGAAACUCAAGGCAACUCAUAUGAUGGAAAUGAAAAAAAACGACAGUGUCAUAGACGUCUAGCUAACGAGAAAACUCUUUUUCUUCUACUAACAAAUACGAAAUUCAAUAUUAAAACAAAAAAGGAAAUUAUAUUUUUAUUACGCACAAUUCAGAUGCAAUGAUAAAUCAACCAAAAGAAAAAAAAAAUACAGCCUACAGCUAAUAACAUCAACCUUUCAAAAACAACAACGAGCCUUUCUACGAACGAAAAAGGCAACGCAAAUAGCCCACCAGGACACUUCCAGCGAAAGGACUUUCAUCAAGACAAAAUAAAAC